CUUUCUACGAUUCCAUCUCUCAUUUGUUUCUUACCGUUCGUUCCACAACCAUCCGUCCAUCAAUCCAUCCCUCCUCCUCGGCCCGCUCCACCAAUCGAUCUCUUGUUCCCCAUCUGCGCUGCAUCCUUCGUCGAGCAGUUGAUCGCACAAGAUAGAAAGAAGGAGAGGAGAGGAGAGGAGCCGAGGGGGUUACUUGCUUUCCUUAAAAGGGGACAAUUACCCGUUCCAUUUAGUCGUCUUCGGAUUAUCAAUCUUAACUAGUUGGACCUUUGACUCGAGAGGAAAUUUCUAGCUUGUUAUGCUUCUGGCAUUCUGUUGGAAAGGCUUCAUCUUUUUACCUUGACGGGACAAAAUUUGGAAUUAGGGCUUGAUUUGCGUAGCGCAACCUCUCUCCUCUUUUUGUGCAGCUUCAAUUUGAUUUAAUGCCAGAUCAAAAGAACUUUGCUCCACCCUAUGACAAUUCAUUUGAAUUCGAACCUGGUUCUAGUUCUAGCAACUCGAUGAAUCAGCAAGUCUUGUGGAAUAACAUGCUUUUCAAUCCAACAGAGGUUCAGAGCAUGACAGGCCGGAUAACAGCAUCUGGAGUUAUAAAUAUUCCAUGCCUAAACAUGGCUAAUCAAGAUGAUGCUCAAUCAAGUAUUUGGGGCUCAAGAGGCUCUAGUUCUUCUAGCCAACACCAUCAACAAGGCAUCCAUGAAGAAAACAAAUGGGAGCAUGGCUGGGCACCAUCGACAACAGUUACUUCCCGAGGUGGGCCGAGGAUAGAAGACAAUCAUUCUUAUGGCUCUCCAAUGCUUUCAUUGGAUACGGUCAGUAGAAGCCUUAAUGUAGCUCAAGUUGAUGGGAUCCAGUCCUUUUCACAAAAUAAUCCAUGGUUCAACAAUUCACAUCAGAAUAGAGAUAUUACUGCUUCUCAAGUUGGUUUAGGCAACAAUCUCUCAGAGUCAACAUUUUCUCAACCUCCUUAUAUGUUGGGUUUCUUAGAUGGCGAAAGUGUUUCCAUGCCAAUUGAUUUAUCCUCUGGUGAAAGUUCCGAGAAUGUUGGUCUUUUGAGGGAAGAUGAUGACAGACCAGAGAAUUCAUUGGAUGGACGACGCAUAUCCUGCAAAAGAAAGAAUAGCGAAGGUUCUGCUGGACAGUCUUCAGUAAGUGGAAAUGCAAGCACUUCUCAGCAAAGGGACAGCAGUUUACUGUAUUCUCAUAUAUAUAAUCCUGUGACUACAAACAUUUCUAGUUCUGCAGGGUAUCCUUCUAUUCCACUUCCUCCUGAAGAGUAUCCCAUUACUUUGGGCGCUAUUGCAAGAGGAGUGGCCUCUGAUUGUUAUCCCUCAGCAAGUGCAGCAGGGCAUGCAGGAACCUCACGGAGAAAUCAUCGAGUGAGAAAUAACCCUGCUCUGCCACAUCCCAAUUCAUGGUCAGUAAAUACUAUUAGGCAACCAGAUUCCUGGCUAUAUAAUCAACCACCUCUUAAUAUCUCACAAAAUCAGUCUCUCGAGCCAACACAAAUCCUAACACCUACAAGUUCUCAAAACCAGCCUCUUAUGCCAAUUGUUUCUGGCUUACCCCAAAUUGUAUAUCAUGUUCCAUGGAGUGGACCUUCAAAUUCAAGAAUUGGUACAUCAUCAGGCUCAUUUAGUGCAGAGGACAGAAUUGUUGCUGCAACAGAGACAAGUCAGUCGAGUAAUAUGCCGGUUCUUAGCAAUUUGGAACUUGUUCCUGCAACAAGUGUAAGGCACAUGCCACAACACCGCACAAACAGGAGUUUAGGCGGUAGAAGUGUAAACAUGGCUACAAAUUCACAAGCUGGUACAAGCUCAGGGUUGUAUCCAACAUUAGCUUCUUCUUGGGUACCUCAUCAAAAUCCUACACAAUUUCCUCCCUUGACAGAAGCUACUUAUCCGUCUUUAUUUCCACCUGGAAGCUCUGAAUCUGGAGGUCAGGGUACUAACUUUCCUCCACUACAUUCUGCUCACUCUUUUAGCUCACACGAGGUAGCUCAGAUUAGAGCAAGUUUGCGUGGCCCACCACCUAUGUCACAUGCAAGGUCACCAAAUUUGUUGAGAAGGCGCAAUCAUGGUCUUUUGGGUGCUCCCAUAUCUCUUAGAAGUUUAACUGCUGCAGGGGAGGACAGAAGUAGGAUGUUGUCAGAGAUCCGUCAUGCAUUGGAAUCCUUGCGCCGAGGAGAUGGUCUUCGAUUUGAGGAUGUGUUUAUCCUUGAUCAGACUCUAAUUUUGGCGGGCAGCGAUUUUCACGAUAGGCAUAGAGACAUGCGUCUUGAUGUUGAUAAUAUGUCAUACGAGGAACUCUUGGCAUUGGAAGAAAGGAUAGGUAAUGUCUGCACUGGAUUGACUGAAGAAAAAGUUAUCAAGUGUCUAAAACAACGAAAGCAUUCAUCGACAACUCUCGGAAAUACUAUGGAACACGAACCGUGCUGUAUCUGCCAGGAAGAAUAUGUUGAAGGUGAUGGACUUGGGAUCUUGGAUUGUGGGCACGACUUCCACACGGCUUGCAUCAAGCAGUGGCUGAUGCAUAAGAAUCUUUGCCCUAUUUGCAAAAAUACUGCUCUUCACACAUGAUGAUGCUUCGUUGGUGUGACUCAGGUUAUCAAACUCAAUCAGGGAGGAUCCUCCUCGAGUAACUUGAUUCGUCACAUCGGAUUAUUGUAGCCUAAAAUUAAACGCAGAAUGCUUUAUUUUUCUGAGAUUCCAACUGUCAAAUUUUGCCAAUGGCUCAAAUUGGAGUCAGUUGACUGCAACUACCCUACUUUUCAAUAAUUAAGCAAACUCUAAACUGGCGAAAAUAUGGUGAAAUAGGUCUUUAUGGUUUGAUGCUUCAUUGUCAAAGGGUAGUGGGGUGGAUGCCUCCCUUCAAGACAGACUGAUGAUGCUAUUAGAGUUUGUAUUGUUAAACAUUAUGGCAUCAUCUAUUUUUCUGUAUGGAUUGCUUCAAUAUAAUGCAACUUUGCCAAUGAAUGCUA